AUGAACGCAAGACCUAACACGGACCAUCUUCACCAAGAUAUGAACACCCUCACCCACACCACCGUCCAACCCAAACCAGACACACCCGGCCCGACCCACGUCACACCCUCACCCACACCACAACCAAACCCCCAGCAGACACACCCCGCCCCCUCCACCCACGUCUCACCCUCUCCCACACCACCACCCAACCCCAAGCAGAUACACCCCGCCCCUCCACGCCCCACCGUCACCCACACCACCACCCCACCCCACCAGACACACCCCGCCCCCUCCAUCCACGUCACACCCUCUCCCACACCACCACCCAACCCAAAGCAGAUACAUCCCGCCCCUCCACGCCACACCCUCACCCACACCACCACCAAACCCCACCAGACACACGCCCCCCCCCCCCCCCUCCACCCACGUCACACCCUCUCUCACACCACCACCCAACCCCAAGCAGAUACACCCCGCCCCUCCACCCACGUCUCACCCUCUCCCACACCACCACCCAACCCCAAGCAGAUACACCCCGCCCCUCCACGCCCCACCGUCACCCACACCACCACCCCACCCCACCAGACACACCCCGCCCCCUCCAUCCACGUCACACCCUCUCCCACACCACUACCCAACCCAAAGCAGAUACAUCCCGCCCCUCCACGCCACACCCUCACCCACACCACAACCAAACCCCACCAGACACACCCCGCCCCCUCCACCCGCGUCACACCCUCUCCCACACCACCACCCAACCCAAGCAGACACACCCCGCCCCUUCCACCCACGUCACACCCUCUCCCACACCACCACCCAACCCCACCAGACACACCCCGCCCCCUCCACCCACGUCACACCCUCUCCCACACCACCACCCAACCCCACCAGACACACCCCGCCCCCUCCACCCACGUCACAUCCUCACCCACACCACCAACCAACCCCACCAGACACACCCCGCCACCACCACACGAUACCCUUUCCCACAUACUCCGCCCCGCCCAACCCCCUCCCACCCAUGCCCCGUCCUCACCCACACCACCAUCCUUCCUCACCAGACACACCCCGCCCCACCCCACCAACGCCCCGUCCUCACCCACACCACCUACAAGCCCCAGCAGACACAUCCCGCCCCACCCACGUCACACCCCCUCCCACACCACCAUCCUUCCCCACAAGACACUCCCCCGCCACACCCUUACCCACACCACCCCACCCCACCAGACACACCGCACCACCACCACGCGAUACCCUUUCCCACAUAACCCGCCCCGCUCCAACCCACCCACGCCCCGUCCUUACCCACCCCACCAUCCUUCCUCACCAGACACACCCCGCCACACCCUCACCCACACCACCACCCAACCCCAGCAGACACACACCCGCCCCCUCCACACAUGGCACACCAGACACACGUCACACCCUCUCCCACACCCCUCACAACCACAUCCUCACAUCCACCCCUGCGCCGAUACAAACAGAACCAACACCACAAUGAAUUUUUUUAACACGACAAGGUAG